UGAUAGGUUUGGAACUAUUGUUAAAUUGUAGUUAAUUUCACAAAUCUUGAUUACGACAAAAGAUCGACAAAGGCUCGUUGAACAACACCUGAAUAACAAGAUAUUGCUAUCCACUUCUUGGAUACGAAGAAAAUGAUGAUUUCAGCCAAUCAGCAGUGGCGAACUAUCUCCUUGAACUUGUUUCUUUUCGUUAUCGGUGGAGGAGCAGGAUAUCCCUCGGGAAUAGAAUUUAAAAAUGCGUCGAUCUGUGAUGGCUUUCAUGACCAUACAGCAAAAAUCAAAAUAUCUCCAUGGCCUUUUAUAGCGACUGGAACUUUCGCCACGAUAAGUGUAACACUAACCCCCGCUGUUGAUGUCCUUGACGCGUACUCGAAAUACAUAGUAAAGUCAGAAUCGGACGGAAAGUUUACCUUCAAGGGGAGGGAAAAUGUUUGCGAAAAAGCAGAUUUCAAAGAGUUAUGCAGCUUACCUGCAGACGAGACUCACGUGUUCACUUACUCAGAUAAAUUGGCAGCAAUUCCACCAUUUUUCAAGAUGCUGACCUUUAAUGGAAGACUGCAAUAUUUUAACCAGGAUGGUAUUAUGUUUCUUUGUCUUGAUUUCGUGGCUAAGGGACACUAG